AUGCGUCUCACAGGUGCUCUCGCUCUGCUGUUGGCCGUUGCCACAGCCUCCCCUGUUGCUGUCGCCGACAUUGGAUCCAAGGACGUCAAGGAGAUCAACGGUCUCCCUAUUGUCAGCGUCGAGGCUCUACAGGCCCUCGAGGGUCGGGAUGUCCUUAUCACCAAAGACGUCAUUGCUGCAGGCAAGGCCGAUGCCCCCGUGGAGAACUCUCUCCAAGCCAGAGUCUGGCCUGCCUCUCACCAGAGUGACCACUUCAGGGCCGGAAACGGUUGGGCUAACAGAGCCAAGACUCGCAUCAUCGUCAGCGGAGUUCACCUCGUAGUCACUGCUUAG